UGGAGUAGCGCUAGUCUGUGAUGGGUAGGCAGAGGUGACCGCCCUGGGCGGAGUCGGUUACAGUGGUGAAUGUCGCGGGGCUGCUCUGUAAGAGUUAGCUAAUGCAGAGGCAUUAUAGAGUAGAUGCCAGGCCGACGGUGUCCUCUUUUGGAAAUAUAUUUAGGAUACGGACCUUCACAGCUGAUAUCGAACGGAUGAGAAGUUUCUGUUUGGGAUGACUCUUCCCUGAGGACAUCGCCACCAUGUCUAACGUGACGACGACAGUAACGACAGACGGGGAAAGCACGGCACAGAAGUACCUUCAGACGGUAACACUGGCACUUCUCAUCCUGCUUGGCCUGGGCUUGAAUCUCAUCGUCAUCGUCACCUACAUCUCCAGCAAGCUGCUGCGGCACAGCAAACACAACGUCUUCAUCAUACACUUGAUGCUGUGCGACAUGAUCUACGUGCUGUGGGUGAUGCCGGUGUCGGGGGCGGUGGUGUUCUGUCCACACGACGCCUGCUUCCCCGCGCUCAGACAAGGAUUCUUGUGUGAGGUGACGGGCUUCCUGUCCGUAUUCCAGUGUACACUAGCCAGCCUGACGCUGGCCGCCAUUGCCAUGGACCGCUACGUCGCCGUUCUCCACCCCGUGGGCUACAUCACCGACUUCACCAAGAACAAGUGUUUAGGUCUUUUAACCAUCUGCUGGCUGUGGGCGGGCCUGACCGCCAUGCCGCCAUUGUUGCCGACCAGGACUGCCUACUAUUACUUCGAAGAUGGCACCAAGCACUGUUCGCCUUCCUUCAGAGUCAGCUGCUGGUACUUCUGGUACGCCAUUGUCAUGGGAUACGGCAUCCCGUUACCUACAAUGGCGUUCUGCUAUUUCAAAGUGUCCAGGACUCUUCGUGCUCACAAGAUGAAGAUAUUUGCAGCGUCAGUUGUCCGCCCGAGGUCGGUGAAGGGAGGCGCUGAGGUCAUCGGUGUUAAGGAGAUAUCCGUGUGCCCAAACACUGCUAUAACCCAUGCUGCGACUGUCAACGAUGGCGGCACGACGUACAGCGACAACCACAACAACGAUGAACACACGCCGUUACCUGCAAAGAAGACACAGAUAAGCGUCAUAGACAAACAGAUUGCAAAACGAGGUGCACUGCUGAUCACCGCCUACUUCUUGUGCUGGGGCCCAUACGCCGUCACGCACGCCUGCCCCCUGCACGUGCACACGCCGCUGUGGGUGGACGUGGGCGCCAUGUGGCUCGUGUACUCGCUCACCGUCAUCAACCCCCUCAUCUACGUCUUCAACAACAGACAGUUCAGGACCGAGCUCAAGAAGAUAUUUGUGAAAUGCCCCAGGUGUUGAUGUACAAAAUGAGUUGUAAAGGAAAAGUCUUGGAUUACGUCUACGUGAAACAAUUUGGAAGCAAAUGGAAACGUCUCUGGAACACUAGCAAACUUGUUUGAACACUGGCAAACGUGUCUGGAACACAACCAGACGUCCUGGAACAUUGACAAACAUGUUGGAACACUGGCAAACGUGUUUGAACACCGACAAACGUGUCUGGAACACUAGCAAACGCGUCUGGAGCACUACCAAACGUGUCUUGAACACUACCAAACGUGUCUGGAGCACUACCAAACGUGUCUGGAACACUCCCAAUCACGUCUGGAGCACUACCAAACGGGUCUGGAACACUACCAAACGUGUCUGGAACACUACCUAAGUCUGGAGCACUACCAAACGUGUCCAGAACACUGUCUAGGUGUUUGAUCGGACGGUAGCGAAGCUUUCCGACAACUAGUGUUAAUCUUGGAAGUGGACGAGGGCUCUAUAUACACUGUAUGAACAUAUAGCCGGAUACCCUUCAAAAGGAAAGGUCAAGACGCAGAAAUAUUGAGGUACUUACCUUGGGCGACAAAAGACCUGAAGGCUGAAACAUCCUCUAUCUUUAAGAGGCAUUUUAACUGUCGUGUAAGUUAAGGCAGAGUUGACAUUACAUUGAAACAAUAAAUAAAUUGAAAUUCACGCUAUGUUCAAUGAAAACUCCUCGAUUAUUCAGUGUUUUUUAUCACCAUUCUAUUGAGAUGAGUACCCUUGGCCAUUCGCUCCGAAUGCUUCUUUUGUGCCCAAUUGGAAUAGCACGAAACUGAAAGCCGCUCAGUCAAGUAGCUCUCAUGGGCGAGAGAACUGCUCAGAAAUAGGCAAUGGAAACGAGGCUUUAGUACACUUGAAAAUCGGGGAUGAGGCUGAAAGGCGAGUGACUUGUUUCUUUGUGCCGUUUAACUCGUGUCUUUAUGUGUACAGCACGCGAAUUACGGGGCACUCCAAAACGGUUUAACUUCAAUGUAUUAAUGGUGUGAAGUACACGCUUUACAUUUGUCUGCAAUAGCUGUGAGAGUUGUCACAAUCCAUUUUAAUAAUAACAUAUAUUACGUGUGAUAAUUUCUAUAAAACCUUCGGUCUGUAUUCAUUUAACAACUUGUGGAUUCCCAACAAUAAACAUAUACCGUGCAGAUCGGCGUUAACAGUCUACGUCCAUCAGCUCUUUUUUAUAUUGUUCUGUGUACAGUUUCAAAUACAUCAGCAUGCGCCCCCUUCUCAGCAACAACUGGCAACUCUAAUUACGGCGUGUCACACAAGUGAUUAAGUACUACAUGUAGAUCCACAAAUGAGUACCGUGGGAGCAAGACCUUAAUGACCAGUGGAUCACAGGAUGUUUUGAUGUCAUGCAGAGUAAAUAAUAAAUAGAUUUUGUGUUGCCAUUUACAAACUUUGUGUGAUGAGUCAUAAAUCUGUGUAAUAAAUACAAAGUGGCGGACAGACAUACGUUUAACGUUAUUGAUGGAGGCAGGGGAUGUAGAGAGGCUCAACUGCUCUGCAAAUACAGCCAAAUGGUUCAUUAGGGCAGGGAC